AUGGACAAAAGCUGGAUGAACUUGACCGAUAGAUUUCGAUCGCCUGCAUAUGCAGAUGGGGUUAACACUUUCCUUACCUUUGCACGAAACCAUUCUCGGGGAAGUGAUCGCAUUCGGUGUCCUUGUCGUUCAUGCAGAAAUAUGAUAUUCUUACCUAUAUUUGAUGUGGAGACUCACUUGUUCAUUAAAGGGAUCAAUCCAAAUUAUACCCAGUGGAUCUUUCAUGGAGAGGAGGAAACAACAAGUUUCAAUGAUGACGACGACGAUGGUGUUGCUGAUUAUGCUGACGAGUACAUUGAUGACAUGGACCAUAUGUUAGAUGACGUUCGGGCAGGCACAUUCGUUGAUGUUCCCCAAGAUCAUCACAAUCCAUUGCCAACUGGUGGAUCAAUACCAGAUCCGUCUCCAAGUUCGUCUUUUGAUCAGUUACUAGAGGAUGCCCGCCGUCCACUUUUUGCUGGUUGUACAAAGUUCUCAAAACUGUCAUUUAUUGUGAAGUUGUUACACAUUAAGACAGUUGGUGGGUGGUCAAUAAAGUCGUUUGAUAUGCUACUUAACCUAUUGCAGUCUGCAUUUCCUAAUGCUGAAUUGCCAAAUUCAUAUGCGGAGUCAAGGUCAUUGGAAAAUGCUGAUCUUGAUGAAUGUCCUAUUUGUAAGGCUUCAAGGUGGAUGCCUAAUACACACAGGGCACGUCUUAUACCUAGGAAAGUGUUGCGACAUUUUCCUUUGAAGCCAAGAUUGCAACGUCUCUUCAUGUCUAAGGAGAUAGCAUGUGAUAUGAGAUGGCAUAAAGAGCAUCGGCCAACCGAUGAGGCUACUAUGAGACAUCCUGCAGACUCAGAGUCGUGGAAGAGAUUUGAUGACGAACAUAGUUGGUUCGCACAUGAUGCUCGCAAUGUUAGGCUUGGGAUGGCAAGUGACGGUUUCAAUCCCUUCAAUAAUAUGGCUAAACCAUAUAGCAUUUGGCCAGUAAUCUUGGUUCCUUAUAAUUUGCCGCCGUGGUUGUGCAUGAAGGAUCAAUUCUUCAUGACAUCUCUCAUUAUUCCAGGGCCAAAAUCUCCUGGUAAUGACAUUGAUGUUUACUUGCAACCGUUAGUCGAUGAACUGCUUGAAUUUUGGGAACAUGGGAUACGUACGUAUGAUGCCUCCACAAAGGAAACGUUCGUGUUGCACGCUGCUUUAAUGUGGACAAUCAAUGACUUUCCAGCGUAUGGGAAUCUUUCUGGUUGGUCAACAAAGGGAAAAUUGGCAUGUCCAUCUUGUAACGAAGGCACCGAUUCCAAUUGGUUGACGUAUGGACGAAAAUUUUGUUAUAUGGGACACCGUCGAUUUUUGCCACUAGAUCACAUGUGGAGAUUGAGAAAACAUUUGUUCAAUGGUAAAGAAGAUCAUCGCCCACCACCAAUGGUUUUAGAUGGUGCUGAUAUUGUAGCUCAACUACAGAUGCUUGGGGAAGUGCAAUUUGGUAAAUCUCGUCGAAAGAGGAAGCGCACUACUGAAGAGUUGAACUGGACAAAAUAUAGCAUUUUCUUCAAGUUACCGUAUUGGGUAACCCUGCAGCUUCGCCAUAACCUAGAUGUCAUGCAUAUUGAAAAGAAUAUAUUCGAUAACAUAUUAUGUACUUUGAUGAACAUGCCUGGUAAAACUAAGGAUAAUAUCAAUUCUCGACGUGACCUAGAGAUCUUUGGCUUCAGAAAAGAAUUACAUUUGAAGCAUGAAGAUAAACGUGUUACAAUGCCACAUGCAUUAUACACAUUACACGGUGAUGAGAAGAGGAAAUUUUGUGAAUGGUUGGCCGAUGUGAAAUUCCCAGAUGGAUUUGCUUCGAACAUCUCGCAUUGUGUUUCAGUACGUGAUUGCAAAAUCUCAGGGUUGAAAAGCCAUGAUUGUCAUGUUUUCAUGCAAAGACUACUUCCUAUUGCCGUGGGGGGGUUCUUACGAACUGAUAUCGCAUUGACUUUAACUGAACUGAGCACAUUGUUUAAGGAGUUAUGUGCUCGAAUCUUGGAUGUUAACCGACUAUCCCAGCUCCAAACUGAUAUCGUCACAAUUCUAUGCAAAAUGGAGAUGAUAUUUCCUCCAUCUUUUUUUGAUGUCAUGGUCCACCUAGCUGUCCACUUACCCCGUGAGGCCAUACUUGGGGGUCCAGUACAAUAUAGGUGGAUGUAUCCAUUUGAGAGGUAUCUUGGCAAGUUCAAGAGGUAUGUUAAGAAUAAAGCCCGCCCAGAAGGCUCAAUAGCCGAAGCUUACAUUCACAUCGAAUGCUUGACUUUUUGCUCUAUGUAUCUUCAAGAUAUUGAGACAAAGUUUACUCGAACAGACCGCAACAUUGAUGGUGGAGAUUCCGAGAAUAUAGAUGGAUUCAAAAUUUUCAACCAGAAAGUUCGUCCCAUGGGUAUAGCUUCUAACUUUCAAUUAUCAGAUAAACUCCUAAAGGAAGCAACCUGGGAGCACUAUGAAAAAUGUAAAGUACAUAGCCCAACUUAUGUCGAUCGAACACAUCAAACUGAGUUUCCAACUUGGUUGAAGAAACGAGUUCAGGAGCAGCGUAUAACUAACCCACUUGAUGUGAACGCUGAUUUGUAUGCGUUAGGUUGCGGGCCUGAACGGUGGGUUGCAUCCUAUGCUGCGUGCAUUAUAAAUGGCAAAAGGUUCCAUACGAAAGAACGUGAAUUUCGACGGCGGACACAAAAUUCAGGGGUGUUUGUAAUUGGGGACGAAAGUACUAAUAAUUUUGACUUCUAUGGUGUUAUUAAUGAUAUAGUGGAGUUACACUACAUGGGAAGACGUCAGGUGUACUUGUUCAUGUGUGAUUGGUUUGACGUUGGUGAUACAAGACGAGGGGUGCGAAUUGAUAACCAUAUGUACAGUAUCAAUAUGGACAGGACUUGGUAUAAGGAUGAACCAUUUGUGUUGGCAUGCCAGGCUUCACAGUGUUUCUACAUUAGAGAUAUAAGGGCGAAAGGGAGAUGGUUUGUGGUGCAGAAGUACAUGAAUAGGAAUGUAUAUGACAUUCCUACAGUGCCGAGGGUGUUAGGAGAACUUGAUGGAUCAUCAAGUGAUGAUGAUGUCUAUCAAGAAAAUGAGGCAUCAUGGGAUUAUGCACCAUUGCCGUGUGAUGCAUGUCCAAUGUCUACUCCAUUGAAUAGGAAUGACGUAGAACCUAUGGUCAUUGAUGCACAAGAAGUGACCAGUCCGGCUGGGCAAGAUAACAUGCGUGUAGCAGACUUUAUUGACGAUGGCAUGACUGCUUCUGGUUCAGGCUAUGCGUCUGAUGAUGGGGAAUAUUCAGAUGAGGAGGACUUAUCCACAGACGACGAGUCUAGGUCAUCUUAG